AUGCUUCGCAGGCUGCCGUGGCAAAUCCCCCGGGUUCCCGACGGGGUUUUAGGCCCCGCCCGGCGCGCCGUCUUCGCGGACAAGGUCCGUGCCGGGAUGAUUUUGAAGCUCGACGCCCGGCUUUACCGCGUGGUGGCCUCGACGCGCUCGCAGAAGGGCCAAAACGCGGCCUCCUUCAACCUCAAACUCCACGAGCUCGGGGCGGGGGGGCGAAAAAAGGAGGUCAGCGCGGCCCAGGGCCACGACUUCCGCGAAAUCCAGGCCCAGCGCGUCCGGCUGUGGUUCAGCGGCUUCGACGACCACGACGACGGGUGUUUUGUCUUCCCCCCGCACCACGCGGAGGCCGGGCGGGAGGUCAACCUCCCCGCCCAAACCCUCCCGGCGCUUUCGCAGGACUUUCUUUGUUGUGGGAUGCCGGUCGACCUCCUGCACGUCCACGCGGACGACGAGGAGGGCGGGGCGAUCUGGACCGAGCCCCUUCUCCCCAGCAGUUUUGUUUAUACGGUCGAGCGAAUCGCGAUGAAGGGGCUCUAUCGCAUGGCCGCUCUGGUGGAGUGCGAUGGGAUGGUCAGCGUGAACGAUCAGGUGCAAAUCGGGGAAAAGAUUAAGGUCCUGCUGAGGCCGGACGGAACCGCCGCCUUCGGGGGGCGCGCCACGUGA